AUGAAAGAAGAUAGUAAGAAGGAAGAAAAAAAAUUUACAUCAUUUCAAAUAACUGAAAUUAUCAAAGUAAUUACUUUAGAAUGUUUUGUUUUAAGCACAGUUUAUGCUUUAGUAAAAACAAUUUCAGAAGCAAGUACAGAUAUUGCUUUACCUACUCCUAACUUAUUUUCUUAUUUAAAUUUAUCAACAGGAUUGGCAAUACUUAUUUUUAUAGGAUUUGGAUUUUAUAAAGAAUUACAAAAUGAUGAAUAUGAUAUUGAAAACAAUAAGUUUUUAAAGUACAGUGAGAUAUUAUUAACCAUUUUCUUAAUAUUUUAUCCUUUAUCAUUAUUUCAAUAUGAUAGAGGAAUAAAAGAUAAUGUUAUUAAAUCAUAUAUUACUGGUGCUUGUUUAUUUGGAAAUAUUUUAGGAGCAAAUUCUAAUAAUAAGAUUAUAGAAAUAAUUACACCAUUUGUAUUAUGUGGUUUGAACAUAGGAUUUCUAUAUUAUUUAUUAGGUUCUAAUGAUAUAUUAAAUCUAUGCAUUCAAGGAUCAACCCAAUUAAUAGUUUUUAUAUUGGUGACAAUAAUAGUAAAAUAUAUUAAAAAAGUAAACAAAAAUGAGUCAAAUAGUAUAAAACAUCAAAAAUUUUUAACAGUUUUUAAUUUUACAUUUGCCAGUUUAUUAAUAGCAAGUCAAAUGUUAACAAUAGGUAAUUUUAUAGUAUUAGUAAAAAAUGGAGUAGCUAUCCUUAGUUUUGAAACUUUGAAAGCAUUAAAACAAAUUAAUAUAUUCUCUUGUUAA